AUGAAGGUCACUCUCUCUCUCGCUGCAGUCGCUGGACUCUCGGUUGUCUUGGCUCAGAACGCCACUACUUUGAGCACUUACCAGCAAUCCUGCGUUGACUCUACCCUUGCUGCCAAUGGUACCUGUGGAUCGACCUAUACUGCUUGUGCUUGUGACAACACAUUCGUCCAAAACGUCAAGAUCUGUCUCUACCAAGGAUCAUGCUCUUCCGACGUAGCCACUUGGUUCGAUACUGCGACCGCAGCCUGUGAUGCUUCUGGACAAGAGGCGAACUACACUUCCACGCACUCCGAAAACUACACUUAUUCUGAAUCCGGGGGCUCAAGUUCGACCGCCCCUGUCUCCUCAGCGGCCGCUGCAACUUCAGCCGCCGCCUCUGCCGCCGCCUCUUCAUCAGGAAGCUCAAGUGGCGCACCUCAACAGUACGGUGCUGUUGGGACUGCUGCAUUGACCUUGGUCGGUGUGGUCGUGGGCACUGCCAUGUUGUUUUAA